AUGGAGGAGGCCAUCACAACAGACCCCUCUCUAAUACAAAUGAAUACAACAUAUGAAGAACUUGGAAGAGAGUACUACAUUUGGUGUAAAACACAAAGCUAUACUGUCUUGGUAAUUGCCUAUGUCUGUACUUCCAUCUGUGUGUGUGGGCUUGUGGGCAAUGCGGUGGUCCUGUGGCUCCUGGGCUUCCGCAUAAAGCAGAAUCCCUUCACCGUCUAUGUCCUGAACCUGGCCGUCGCUGACUUCUCUCUGCUCCUGAUCCUGCUUGCAAAACUCACUCUAUACAUUGCUACAUCAGUCUCUUGUAUUGACUAUUUUGUUUUCUAUUACUCCAAUGCUAUCCUGUUCGUUCUGUUCCAGGGUUGUUAUUUGGCUGGCAUGUAUCUGCUGACAGCCAUGAGCGUGGAGCGCUGCCUGGCUGCUUUGCUCCCAGUUUGGUACCGGUGCCACCGCUCAAAGCACUGCUCAGCAAUCAUGUGUGGGUUGCUCUGGACUCUCGCUAUACUCUUUGUUUCCUCAAUAUUUCUUCCUGAUGCUCUUGGUACAGGGAAUUACCAUAUCCUUUAUAAUUUCAGCAUUGUGAAUUUUGUUCUGUUUGCUUCCAUCCCACUGCUUUCCAACCUGGUCCUGUUCAUCAAACUCCGAUGUGGCUCCAAGGGACGACACCCAGGCAAACUCUAUGUUGCUGUCCUGCUCAGUGUCCUCUUCCUGGUUGUCUUAGGGUUUCCUUUCAGUGUGGAGGGUUUCUUUUCUGAGUUUUAUCCAGAUCAAUUUUAUAUUUCUUUUCUACUGGCCUCACUGAACAGCUCCAUCAAUCCUGUCAUUUACUUCCUGCUGGGCAGCUGCCGGCAGCACCGGUUCCAAUGCUCCAUCAGAGUUGCCUUCCAAAGACUGUUUGAAGACGGAGCCACCAGUGAGGAGAGGAACCAGGUGCCUGGGGAUGCUGUGAUGGAGACCAGCAUCUGA